GCUCAGAGACAGUGUCAGUUGUAUUGACGUUACAACUUUCAUCAUUACGUUUCAUCCAUUUCAGAUUUCACAAGCGUCUGUUAGCAUUAUUAAUUUUAAUCUAGUUAUUUUUGUGUUUUAUUACCUUAAAUAGUGGUGCCGUUCUCGUUUUGUGCUUAGUGAGUCACAAAAUACUGGUGUACUUAAAGCUCCUGCAUUUACAAGUCCAUUUAAAAUGAAUCCGUACCAAGGUCAACCACGUUAUCUACACAAUGUCGGGUUUAGCAACACAGCACCACAAUCAUUCGGAAAUCCUAUGCCAAUGCAAGGCUUCCCCACUAUGGGUUACCCGGCUCCACAACCUGGUUACCCUAACACCGGUUCUGGGUACCCUUCAGCAUAUCCUAAUCAGGGUCAACAGGGAUAUCCUCAAACACCUUCAAGCCAUCCCAGCCAGGGUUACCCAAGUACCGCUCAAAGUUACUCUCCAGCUCAAGGAUACCCAACAGCUCAAUCAGGGUAUCCCCAAGGUCAAUCAGCAUACCCUCAAAGUCAAUCAGCAUACCCUCAGGGCCAAUCGGCGUAUCCUCAAAGUCAAUCAGCGUAUCCUCAAACUCAGUCAGCCUAUCCUCAAUCCCAGUCACCACACCAAUCGCCAGCGGGCUAUACUCAACAAGGUUAUCAGCAGUCAAAUCAGUAUCAGGGAUAUCAACCACCGAGGCAAAGCCAGCAAGCUUACAGUGCAUCCUCAAGCCCAGUGCAUAGUAUGCCAAAGUCAAAGCCAACGGUGGUACCCGUGAACCCGUUCGACCCGCGGGAAGAUGCAGCCAUCCUCCGCAAGGCUAUGAAAGGAUUCGGAACGGAUGAGAAGGCAAUCAUACAAGUGUUGACGCGUAGAAGUAACGAGCAGCGCUUACGGAUAGCCUUUGAGUUCAAGACUCUAUAUGGAAAGGACCUGGUAUCAGAUCUCAAAAGCGAGACCACCGGGAAGUUUGAAGACAUACUAGUGGCUCUAAUGACCCCACUGCCUCAGUUCUACGCCAAGGAGCUCCACGAUGCCACAGCGGGCAUCGGCACUGAUGAAGACGUGCUCAUCGAAGUCAUGUGCACCAUGUCCAACCAUGAGAUCCAUGUUAUCAAACAAGCGUAUACUGCAAUGUACGGAACUCUUCUAGAAGAUGACUUGCGCGGCGACACCUCAGGAAAUUUCAAGAGGCUGAUGACAUCAUUGUGCAUGGGCAACCGAUCGGAAGAAUUCCACGUAGACCAGGCAAGAGCAAGGGAAGAUGCCAGGAGCUUGCUGCAAGCAGGAGAGCUUCGCCUCGGCACAGACGAGUCUAUCUUCAACGCGGUGCUGUGUUCGCGAUCAUUCACGCAGCUGGCGGCCGUCUUCCAGGAGUACCAGAACCUGACUGGCCACGACAUCGAUGACGCUAUCAAGGCUGAAUUCUCCGGUGACCUGGAGAAGGCUCUACGCGCUAUCGUGAAAGUGGUCCGCAACAAGCCACUAUUCUUCGCGGAACGCCUGCACAAGUCGAUGAAGGGUCUCGGCACCAACGACCGUCAGCUCAUACGCAUCAUGGUGACGCGCUGCGAGGUGGACCUCGGGGACAUCGCGGACAUGUUCCAGUCCAAAUACGGGGAGUCGCUGCAGAGCUGGAUUGAGGGUGAUUGUUCCGGUCACUACAAAAAGUGUCUGCUGGGUCUAUUAGGUCUCUAUUAGUAGUGACGUCAUAACAUUUUCAAAGGAGAUCGCACAACCGUUAGAAAUGCCAGGACCCGCCAGAAUAGCAAAUGCCCAUUUUUCAGUACCUUAAAACCUCCUUAGCGCAGUGGUGAUCUUAUAAGCGAGAGGUCCUGGGUUCGAUUUCCCGUCAGAGGAAUGCUAGGCUACCAGCUACCACCCAGGCAAGCAGUACCGCGAUUUAGCGUUUCAGUACGAUGUCACAUAGAAACCGAUUGGGUUAUAGUUUCAUAAAACUGUAUCUUCCAGGUUUCAUCUUAGACUGCAUUAUCGUUUACCACCAGGUAAUAUUGCAGUCAAGGCCUGAACUGUAUAAGGGUUAAUCUAAACAUUAAUGAACAUGAAACUUGUACUAGUAGAACAUGCAGUCUAAUCAGAAGUUGCAACAUAACAUGACGGUUUGCGCAGGUCAUAGACUAAGGCUGAGAUCUAUAGAGCUCACUUUGAUUUUGCGCAGACUCAAAACACUGUUCACAUAGCUGUAAAUAUAAUUCGAUCACACACGCUGCGUAAACGUUGCGUAAUCGUAGACGUAGCGCGUACCAUUGCGUUGAAAUGUUUGUAUGAAACAUGGCACACCGCUUGGGUAAAGCGUGGACGUAUGCGUAACCCGUCGUGUUAGGGGUCUACGCACGUGUCACGUGUACGCAAUUGGUGUGAAUCGACCUUAAAACGAGACAGCGUUAUACCGCUGGCAUAAAUCUGUCUCGUUUUAACUUAAACUUAAGUCUAAGCAAAGUCAAAGUGCGCUGUAUAGAUUUCAACAGCAUUAAAUACACAAGUCGUGCUGAGAUCUGCUUCUGCGCUGUCAUAGUGUUCAGCUUGGACUAUUUGUUUUGCGCACACUAUACAGAGUUCGUUGGUGUGAGUAGAGGUUAUGUCAUGAUUUCUUCGAUCAACCCGAUGCGGCCGAAUCUGUUCUACGCCAUGGAUCUGGCAAAUAGUCUGUCGGUAUGCGAUCACCUUAAUAAUAAAUAUUCAUCUGUGUCAGUGGUCAAACGUAAAUGUCUCAAAAGUAUGUCUUUUUACAAUGUUAGAUGUUUACAUGAUUAUAGUAUAUUACGGCUCUUACUAAUAAAAAAUUACACACGCCUUAUAAAAAUAUCUCUCUUUCUCUC